AUGUACGUAAAAAUUGAGACGUCAAGAUUGGAUUAUUUUCGUAAUAAGCAACAAGAGAUUCGAUCUGAAGUAUAUCAAGGAAUAGUUGACAGUCUAUCAAUUGGACAAAGCAAUGCUUCUAAAGUUGGUAAACGCAUCAUUCUGCCUUCUUCUUUUAUUGGAGGUCCAAGAGAUAUGCGUAAGAGAUAUAUGGAAGCAAUGGCUUUAGUCCAACGCUUUGGAAAACCGGACAUCUUUUUAACCAUGACAUGCAACCCAAGUUGGAAAGAAAUCUUAGAUGAAUUGGGUCCACAAGAAGAAGCACAAAAUCGUCCUGAUUUGAUUGCACGUAUCUUUAGAGCAAAAUUAGAAGAACUGAAGGAUGAAUUAUUCAAACGGGAGAUAUUUGGGAAAGUUUCAGCAUACGUAUACGUCAUUGAACAUCAAAAAAGAGGACUACCACAUGCACAUUUCUUGAUCAUACUACAAAGAGAUUGGAAAAUCUAUACUCCAGAAUCUUUUGAUGAAAUUGUAUCAGCAGAAAUACCAGACAGAGAAAAAAAUCUACAUUUACACAAGACAGUAAAAAGACAUAUGAUGCAUGGCCCCUGUGGAGUACUGAAUCCGAACAAUGUGUGUAUGAAAGCAAAUGGCAGUUGUAAAAACCACUUUCCAAAAGGUUUUGUACCUAACACAACCGUUGGAAUCGAUUGUUUUCCACAGUACAAACGUUGUGAUAAUGGAAUGACUGUCAAAGUCAGAGGUACAGAUUUAGAUAACCGUUGGGUUGUUCCACAUAAUCCAUAUCUCCUCGCAAAAUUUGAUUGUCACUUGAAUGUAGAAAUUUGCUCAACAAUCAAAGCAGUCAAAUACCUUUAUAAGUACAUUUAUAAAGGUCAUGAUCGUGUUGCUUUCAACUUGAUUCCUGGACAAAACAUCCAAGAUAUAGAUGAAAUCCAACACUUUCAAUCAGCCAGAUGGAUCGCUCCACCAGAAGCUAUGUGGAGAAUAUACGGUUUUAUUCUUAAUGAAAUGCAUCCAUCAGUUUACAGUUUAUAUCUACAUCUUGAAAAUCAACAUCUGGUAGCUUUUCAUGCACAUGACAACCUUAACAAUAUUCUGAGAUCUGAUUUUACGGCAAAAUCAAUGUUGACUGAAUUCUUUUCAACAAAUCAAACUAAUGAAAAUGCACGAAAACUACUGUACAAAGAAUUUCCUGAAGCUUUUGUUUGGAACCAACAACACAAAAUAUGGACUCCAAGAAAGAAGAAAACUGUUAUAGGCCGCAUUGUUACAGCAAGUCCAUUCGAAGGUGAAAGGUAUUACUUACGGAUAUUGUUAAAUCAUAUAAGAGGCCCUUUAUCAUUUGACCACAUCAAAACAGUUGGCAACGUCACUGCACCAACCUUUCGUGAAGCAGCUACAUUACAUGGUUUGUUACAAAGAGAUACCAGUUUGCAAGAUUGUAUGCAAGAGGCUUCCUUAUACCAAAUACCACACAGUUUAAGACGGCUAUUUGCAACAAUUUUAGUAUACUGUAAUCCAACAAAUCCUAGAGAACUUUGGGAAUAUUUUGAACAAGAUAUGUCAAGUGAUUUCCAAACAAGUGUUGCAACAUCAGCAGAUAUUAGGACAAAAGUCUUACGAAGCAUCUCUUCUACACUUGAAUCGAUGGGAAAAGACAUAAACAUGUUUCAUUUAAUAGAACAUGAUGUCUCUUUUGAUCAGAACGAAACUGAAGCUAGAGAAAUAAAUGAUGAAUUUGCAGUUUCAAUACCAGAAGAAGAUCUUAUGGCUUCGAUGAGUCUUAAUUCUGAACAACAACACGCAUAUGAAUCAAUUUUGCAGAAAGUCCUUCUAAAUGAAUCUGCUGCAUUUUUUAUUGAUGGUCCGGGCGGAACAGGGAAAACAUUCUUAUAUAAAGCACUUCUCGCUACAGUAAGAUCAAGAAACUUAAUUGCUCUUGCAACUGCAUCGUCUGGUGUUGCUGCAUCUAUUUUACCUGGAGGUCGAACAGCCCAUUCACGCUUCAAAAUUCCAUUAGAUCUUGACAAAAAUAGUACUUGUUGUGUAAGCAAACAAAGUGCUCUUGCCAAAUUGUUACGUCUUGCAAAGCUAAUCAUAUGGGAUGAAGCACCUAUGUCUAGAAAAGAAUGUAUGCAAGCAUUGGAUAAAAUGUUACGAGACAUAACUGAUUCAAGAUUACCAUUUGGUGGAAAAAUUAUCGUAUUCGGUGGAGAUUUUCGUCAAGUCUUACCUGUGAUUCGGAAAGGCACAAGACAAGAAGAAGUUAAUGCCAGUUUAGCAUCGUCAUAUUUGUGGUCUACUUUAACUAAGAUUAGGUUGAGUGAGAAUAUGCGAGCAAGAUUCGAUCCAAACUUCUCAAAUUAUUUACUUCAGGUCGGAAAUGGAACAACACCAAUCACAAUUGAGAAUAAGAUCAAAAUUCCCAAUGAAAUGCUCAUUCCUUACAGAAAUGAUGUGGAGUCUUUAGAUGAUCUGAUCGAUGCAGUCUUCCAAGAUAUUGGCAGCUAUUCAGAAAAUUUAUCCGAAAUGACAAAUCGAGCUAUCUUGACACCAAAGAACAACUCUGUCGAUGAGAUAAAUACAAUACUUAUUCAAAGAUUUCCUGGUACAGUUACACAAUACUAUAGCUUCGAUGAAACGAUUGAUACAUCAGAACAAGGAAUCAUGGAGGAUUUUUUAAAUACAUUGACACCAAAUGGACUUCCACCUCAUGAGCUUUGGUCACCACACCGGAAAAAGAGUUUUCAUACCAAGAAUUCCUUUCUUGCCAAAUGCAGAUGA